UAAAUUUGUUACGCAUAUAUCUGCUCCCCACAAUAAAGUGUAUUAUAGAAAAGUGUUGUUGGCAACACUGGACUUUGACAAGUGCGUCUGUGAUAUUUCUGAAAUUUCUGUUUGCUACUUUCAACUAAAGUACUGUCUUGGUAAUUUAGUAGUUCAUCUAGUAUUGUAUUUAAAUCAGUACUACUUUAAACAAAAUGGAGGUUCCUUUUUUUGGCGCUGCUCAAAAACUCCCAGUGCACAUUGCAAUUUAUAGAAUGAAAUAUGAUAUGCAGGCACUAAUGCAGAAUUUACAAAAAGUUAUUAAGUCGUUCACUCAAUUGCUAUUAGAGUAUGAAGCUGCAGGUGGCGGCACGGCCGAGGGUAUUACCACUACUGCUGCUAAUAGUUUAGACAACUACUUCUUGCUUGCAAAAGGACAAUUGGAAAAAAUUAUUAAACUAUUGCGCAAAAUGAUACAAUCCACUGUAGAAAACUUCUCUAGAAAAUAUACCGCCAAUUUUGAAGCAGUAGAUAAAAUGGAAGAGUCAACAUGUGCUGCUUCCUACAAAAUGCUGCUUUCAUCAAUCAAUGCAAUUCCCAUUCAGAAUCUAGUAAACCAAGUCCCAAUUGAUAACUUACCAGCAGGUGAAGGUAGCAUGAUCCAAAAUCCAAGCGAUGCCAAACUAGAAACGUCAAUAGUUGAUAAAUUGCGUGAACUGUUUUUGAAGUUAGUUAAAGGGGCACAAGUGGUAUCCAAUAUGAUAGGCGAAAUUAUUCCAUUGAAAAAUUUAGCUGAAAAUGCUUCGUCCAGUUCAAUAGCCAUACCACCAGAGUCUGCAGGUUUACUUAAUGCUAGUAAGACUCCUUCUGAAGAAGGAGCUGAACAACCGAAACAAAUUCCGGAUAAUGGUUCAUCAGAAGACGCGCAAGGUGAAAUCUCGAAUCCAUACGAAAAAAUUCAGGAAGUAAUAAUGAAUGCAGUGAGUGAACUUGAGGCAAUGUUUGCUGCACAAAAGAAAGCUUCAAAUGCAUUCAAUAAGUACUGCCAAUUAGUGGGAAUCGAAAACAUUGAAGAGAGGAAUGAUUCUCAAGAAUCUGCAAUGUCUGCUGGAACUAGACGUGCUAACUAUAGAGAUGUUCACUUGCAGACUGAAACUGAAUAUAACAACGGUGACAUGAUCUAUUGCAGCUCCGCAAACCAAUUCACUAACACUCACGCAAACACUGUUGUCGAUGAUUUUGCUAAGCCCGGCACUAGCGCAGCUGCUGCUCUAAGUCGUAUUGCUGAUAUAAGUGCGUCCCUGAAGGCAAUUGGUAUUGUUGCUAUGAAUGCAGAAGCAGGUGGGAAUGUUCAAAAUAAAGCUGCUACUCCAAAUACUGGUGUGAAUGUUAACCCAGCUGAAGGAAAAUUGCAAUCAGUUAAGAUUAUUACUGAAACUCAAUCUGAUUGUCAGCUUCCAGCAGGCAGUCCACCAAAUGAUGCGGAUGCAGUGCAAGGACUUGCAGCAAUUGAUUCUAAUCCCUGUUUAAGCGUUAACUUGCCAAAAAGUCAUGCAGGAAGAAACUUGCCGGGCUCUUUGAAAAUCACUGCAAAUGUUGCCCAGGAGCAGAACAAAAAUCAACAAUAAUCAAUAAAAAACAAACAAUAGCCAAAAGUUAAUAACAAUUGGUUCCUCUUAGAGGCAGACACAACCCAGAACAUAUCUUAAUCAGUAACAUUGUAACAUUAUAUAAAAAUCCUUUAGGAACAAUACGUUGACCUCUAGGCUAAAGUCUGUCCUCUCUGAUACAUAAAUACUCAAAAAAGAAAUGAAGGAAACUUUUGUUUUUCAAACAACAUUUUAACAAAUUUAACA